GUGCACGGCUAUGACCCGGAGCGGGUAGGCUAAGGGAAUGUUGUUUUUAUGGUCACAAAGCCUUGUCUGAAAUCGCGUAUCCUGUUUAAUGCAAAUGUGAACAUCGUGCUGUUUGGUAGUACUUCCUUGUUCGUAUGUGUGGACGCAGUUUGUGUGAGCAGACACGUGCGUCACGGAUUUAUAGACCAUCGGUAAUAUCGGGUGGUUUGAUCAUGGAAAUCGGUCCAGUGUUGAUAUCAGUGCUGCAGCAUCUUCUUGGUGCUUCUGUUUUGACACUUGUUAUUCUACCUCUUGCGUUUUCCUGUGAGAGUGCCGACAUCAGUAAUAAGGUCGCCGAGGAUUACCGCAACGUCAUUGAGCCACGACUCAAGCAUGUUGAAGCCAUAAUUGACCAACUAAAUUUAAACUGCACAUCAAAAAAGUUACGGCAGCCCAAAAAUGCCCAGGUUAUCCUCCGAAAAAUCUGCAGAGUUAAUCGACAGCUGAGGAAGCAAUCCGAAAACGAAACUAGACAGGCCAUACCUGUACUACCUUUACUUGUGGAAGAAAUAGACCAUUCUUUGCAAUGUUGGUGCCUAAAAAAGAAAAAGAAAGAAAGUUCAAAGCCAUCACGAAAGUGGAAGCUUUGCAAAGUGAAGCAUAUUCUUUCCACCCUACAGACAUACUUUGAACAAUACAAUGCUUCUCAGUCAGUCCACAGUGAACUUCAGAAGCGUGGGAAGCCUUCGCAUGAGUAAACA